AUGCUGUGCCGUCUGCCCUCCAGGCUGCCAGCCAGGAUGUGGGGCAGGACUUCGGAGAAGCAGUCAUGGAGGCACAGCAAUCAGACCCCUUCCCCAUGUCUUAUCCAUAGACUUGACCACAUCGUGAUGACAGUAAAGAGUAUCAAAGACACCGCCACGUUUUAUUCCAAAAUUCUGGGCAUGGAGAUCAUAACAUUCAAGGAAGACAGGAAAGCACUGUGCUUUGGAGACCAGAAAUUUAACCUUCACGAAGUGGGAAAAGAAUUUGAACCCAAAGCUGCUCACCCAGUUCCUGGCUCUCUGGACAUAUGUCUGAUUACAGAGGUACCUUUGAGUGAAAUGGUCCAGCACCUCAAGGCUUGUGAUGUCCCUAUUGAGGAGGGUCCAGUCCCCAGAACGGGGGCAAAAGGGCCCAUUUUGUCCAUCUACUUCCGAGACCCUGACGGAAACCUGAUUGAGGUGUCCAACUAUAUUUCCCCAUGA